AUGAAAUCUACCAACAGCCGCAAAGGACAGACGUCCAUUACUCAUUUGAUGAAUUUCUCUCUUCCUCCUCGACCACAGUAUCAACCACCCCCUCGCAAUAUUCGGCGUUAUGCAUCAUCGGGCACAGGGUCCGGCUACCAUGCAGUGGACAAAGCACGAUAUGUCCAUGCGAAUUACCGCUUCAUUGUCUCCCCGGAUCUCAAUUACCAUGCCCAAGCAGCCAAUGCAGAUGUACAUCUAGAUUGGGCAUCUGUUCUUCAGGUCCUGGUUUCCGCUCAGACUCAGGCGGCCAGCUGUCCCAUUUGUUUAUCUAUACCGGUCGCACCGCGAAUGGCUCGAUGCGGCCAUAUUUUCUGUCUUCCAUGCCUUAUUCGUUAUAUGCAUUCGUCCGAUGGUGAGGAACAUGUCCCUGACAAGAAGCCUCGGUGGAAGAAAUGUCCAAUCUGCUGGGACUCGAUUUACGCCUCAGAGAGUCGCCCUGUCCGAUGGUUCCGGGGCCAAGAAGGUGAUCUCCCCGUGGAAGGCGGGGAUGUUGUUCUAAGACUAGUCAAGCGAGAAGCUGGCAGCACUCUUGCUCUUCCUCGUGAUGGUGGUGAAACUAUUGUUAAGGGAGAGGAUAUCCCCUGGUACCAUGUGGCCGAAGUGGCCGACUACUCUCGAAUCAUGAAAGGUGGCGAGGACUACAUGGCCGCUCAAUACGACACAGAAAUCGAAGAUCUCCAGAGACAGGAGGUUGAGGACGAGCUGUUGUUUGGGGAUGAGAAUACGUGGUCCCGGAAGGCCGUCCGCGCGAUCUCCGAGGCGAAGGAAACGCUUCAGGGGAUUGGCAAUCCACCCGCCAUCACUCGGCAAAAAGCGAAUUCCAGACCCGCCAAAGAUCCCGUUGUGGUAUCGGACACCACUGAAGAUGCGGCUCCGCCGGUUAGUGGCUCUUCCGAGGAAUCGGCGCCAAGUUCCAGCACGGACGUGACACAUCCGGCCGCGGAACCCACCCCAACACCAAUCACAUCAGAUGAAACGGAUCGUCUCCCGGAAAUUAUGGAGAACAUUCAACUUGAAUCCGAGCCCAAAUCGCAGACUCGGUCGAAGGGCCGAGGCAAAGAGGCACAAAAUACACCGCCGUCGGACCAACCAUACUACUUCUAUCAAGCAUUGCCUCAAUUUUAUCUGUCACCACUGGACAUCAGGAUUCUCAAAGCUGCGUUUGGCGAAUAUGCUCAAUUCCCCGCGACCAUACUACCCGGCUUCCUUGAGUGCGACUGGAGGGAUGUGGUGGUUCCUGAAGUCCUCGCGCAAUUCCGUACAGAAACCGACAGAAGGCGAAAGCGCAAUCGGGACAAGGAAGCUCGCGAGGAGAAAGACCGCAUUCGCGCAGAGAAGAAGGAAGAUGACGAACGAUGGGCUGCUGCACGUCGCAAGCGCCCGAGUAUUGGAAAUUCCAGCGAUGCGCCUUUCAAUGUCCAUGAUUUCCAACCACUGUCCAGCAAUGCCGAUUCUGCGGUUUUCGACGCUGGUGCCUCUUCAGCGUCCCCACCACGCGCGUCAUCCCAAUUCGGAGCACUAGCCUCCCCUUCCAGCAGUCCGCCUGGGGUUCGUACCGUUUGGGGCACGACGGCUAUUGCAUCAACAUCUCCAACUUUGGAGGCCCAGCCCCGGCAUGAUGGAUGGCUAGCAGGGUGGGAAGAUGAGCUCUUUGCACAGCAAGAGUCAGCAAUCAUCGCCCAAACGGCUCCCGAGAAUCAGGAGUCAGGACCCUCUUCUUCAUCCAAAUCUAGUAAGAAAAAGAAGAAGGGCAAGAUUACAUUAAUGUCCACCAACAGCCACCGCGGCGCAUAG